UGUAGCAGUGAUGGCAGGACAAAAUUUAUUUGAAAAAAUAACAAUAUGUGGGGAGAGAUGCUCAAAAACAGAGAAUGGGGAUCCCUGCUGCAUAGCAAAAAUAUACCAUCUGUUGGAAGUUCACGCAAAAGAGGUGAAGGAGAUGGAAGAGGGCAAUUUCGCGGAAACUCCGCUCCACAAAGCGGCCGCAGCGGGGAACACGGAGGUGGCGUUGGAGAUCCUGAGCCUGAUGCCCUCCCUGGGCGGGAAGCUGAAUAGCGGAGGCUGGAGCCCCCUCCACCUGGCCAUUAAGGGGGCUCACCGCAACACGGCGAUGUUGAUGGCGAGGUUCGACAAGAUGCUGGUGCGGGUGAAGGGCAAGAAGGGGAUGACACCGCUGAUGCUGUGUGCAGCCAGAUCUGGCAAGGAGGAGGAGGAGGAGGAGCAUGGGAAGCACAAUGAGGAGAGGAGGCUUCUUGCGCAGCUGCUGCUGGCGUGCCCGGAGUCGGUGAGCGACAGGAAUAACAAGAACCAGACCGUGGUUCACGUGGCGCUGGAGAACAGGGGGUGCAAGACGGUGUGCAUGCUGGUGGAUUGGCUCAAGAGGAGGAAUCAGAUCACUUCGGUUUUGUCGGUCAAGGAUAUCGACGGCAACACGGCUCUUCAUGCUGCGGCUCUCUAUGGAUGUCAAGGGGGGGCGAAAAAAUUAGCGGGACUGGUCAAAGUAAACAGACUGAAUUCCGAAGGCAACACUGCUCUAGACCUUGCCAAAAACCAAGAUAUUAUAUACAACUUAGAACGUAAAGGAGCCAAGCGCGGCAGAGAUAUCUACAGACAUACAAAAGCCGAUUACGUGCUCGACAAAGCAACCUUCCCCGAAGCCAUCUCCCGUGCCUACUACUACCUAACAGUGCAACUCACCCUCGAGAUGCGCAACACCAUCUUGGUAGUGGCCACGCUCAUCGUGGCCGCCACCUACCAGGGGGUGUUCAGCCCCCCUGGCGGCCUCUAUCCCGCCCCCGACCCACAAAUCCCCAACAAAACCCAAGUCAGCAGCCAUCUCCCCUUUAUGGGGCGGAGGCUGCUGGUGACCCCCGAGGACAAACACUUGGCCGGUCAGAUGGUGAUGGAGAAGGCAAAAUACCGGUACUUCAUGCCGUCCAACACGUUCGCGUUUGCGCUGUCAAUCGUGAUAGUGAUAUUUGUCGUCCCAGGCACGCCGGUGUUCUUGAUCCUCCACAUCUGCUUGGUCUUCAUGUCCAUGAGCUAUCUUCUUGCUCUCGACGCUAUAUCUUAUUACACGGGCAUCUCCAACAUGAUCUUUUACAUGUCCGUCUACGCCAUUGGCGGAGCCUUUAUUGUGAAGCUCUUGUAUUAUCCUGUCAAAGCGCUCCUCGUCGACGAGGAUUGGUGGCUGCGGGGAAUCAGCGUCAAAUUUGACAACUUUAUAGGAACCAAGGGGAAUUUCUACACCAUUAGCCUGAAAAUGAAGAAGCAGCACAUGCUUCUACGUCUUAACUGAAGGACGGAUUUUCGUUGCUUUCUUGUGUGUCUGAGAAGAAGUUGCUUUCAUACAAGCCAGGGUUCGAAUUUAUUGUAGAUUGAGACCAUAACUAUUGCAUGUUAAGGUCAUGUAAUAACUUGCGUCUUUUUUGUGUGUGUUGUUUUUGUUUUUGUUUGAGAGUGAUGGAAGUGGUGUGGGUUGAAGAAAUAAGAUGUGUGAUAAUGUAACUAAUGAUUUGGAUGAUUAAAUAAAAAUCUUGUUAUUGGAUCUA